AUGCUAAAUUUCAAGUGCGAACAUCAUUCGCUCACCAAGAGUGUGUCGGCCGAGUUCACAGGAGUUGUUCGAUCUCACCCACUUCUCUAUGUGAGAGAUCAGCCUGCUAGAACAUGGGACCCUCUGGUCGGCGCAUUAUCUCUGAGAGCCUCCCUUGGAGCUGAAACAACUUACCCCAGGUGUUCUGCCCUCUUCCUAACUCUGCCGCCUGAGGCUGCCAGAGCCCCUCAGGCUGCACCUGCCCCCAGGGCAACCCUGAAAAGAACUGGGGGCAAUGACUGGUUUCCACAAAGCUUUCCUGAAGGCGUUUUGCUGCAGAAAGACCGCUCUAGCAGCGGUGAGCAGGAAGCAUGUGCCCAGGACCCAGGACCUCAGGAAAACCAGGACACGCUGAUGGUCGCUCACCGCUUAUUCCUUCAACGGACAUUGACCAAGAAGAGACCGAAGAACAUCACCCUGGCUGCUGUAUACAGAACGCUUCAAAGAAGGAAGAGAUCCGAAGCAGGGAGACCAAUUAGAAGCCUGCAAGAGCAAACCAGGCAAGAGAUGGCUUGGACCAGUGCAGUAGCAGUGCGGAUGGCCAUGCCCAGCCUUAUUCACAGAUAGAACAAACUCGGUCCCGUGUACCUGUUGUAUUU